GCUUUCUAUCAGCACAACAAACGAAAACAUAAAUCAUGUGCACAACACUGCAACAAACAAUAGUACCACUUACGUUAACAAAUCAUAAUUGACCCCCAUCUUCUUGGCCAAUAAGGCCUCUAUUUUCAAGAAUUUAACAAAAACAGUGAAAAAAAAUACCUUCUUUAUAUAUCCCCUUAUACUCCAUUUCUCUAAAAAUCCUACCAAGAAAUGUCAAAUCUCAAGUGGGGUUUUCUUGUUUUUGCUCUAUUUUUCAUUACUGAGGUUCAUUUUGGUAGUUGUUUUGUAGAGCCAAAUGUAGUACAAAAGCAAUUGGAUAAAGUUACUAAGCUUCCUGGUCAAGGGUUUAAUGUGAACUUUGAAAAUUAUGCUGGUUAUGUUACUGUAAAUGAAGAAUCUGAAAGAGCUCUCUUUUAUUGGUUCUUUGAAGCUGUUGAUGAACCAUCUUCAAAACCUCUUGUUCUUUGGCUUAAUGGAGGGCCGGGAUGUUCAUCGAUUGCCUUUGGGUUAGCUGAGGAACUUGGGCCUUUUCAUAUUGAGAAAGAUGGGAAGACCCUUUAUUGGAAUCCUUACUCUUGGAACUUAGCUGCAAACCUGUUAUUUCUUGACUCUCCUGUUGGAGUUGGUUAUUCCUAUUCAAACACUUCGUCUGAUCAUCUCAACAAUGGUGACGCUCGGACAGCUGCGGAUUCCCUUGCAUUUUUACUGAAGUGGCUUGAACGAUUUCCAGAAUAUAAAGGAAGAGACUUUUAUAUUACAGGAGAGAGCUAUGCUGGGCAUUAUGUUCCUCAGCUUAGUCAAGCUAUUGUGAGGUACAACAAGGGUGUAAAGAAGCAAGUAAUCAACUUAAAAGGUUUCAUGGUUGGAAAUGCUUUGACCGAUGACUAUCAUGACCACCUAGGACUAUUUCAAUUCAUGUGGUCAGCUGGAAUGAUUUCCGACCAAACAUUCAAGCAGGCGAAUGCUUUGUGCGACUUCCAAUCAUUUAUAAGACCCUCAGAGCAGUGUGAUAAGAUUCUCGAUCAGGCUAGUGAAGAAGUUGGAAAUAUUGAUAGCUACAGCAUCUUCACUCCAACAUGCACAGCCAAGUUUAGUAUACUAAACCACUUGCUCAAAAGGAGCAACAGGGUGGGCCAUCUCAGAAGAAGCUACGAUCCAUGUACAGAGCAGCACUCCGUGAUUUACUUCAAUCUUCCUGAAGUUCAGGAGGCUCUUCAUGUUCGUAAGAGAAACUCAUCAUUCAAAUGGGUAACUUGCAGUGAAGAAGUAUCCAGUGGUUGGAAGGAUUCUCCCAAGUCAGUGCUGGAUGUCUAUCGUGAACUGAUACAGUCAGGCCUUCGUAUUUGGGUUUUCAGUGGUGACACAGAUGCUGUGAUUCCAGUUACAUCAACUCGUUACAGCAUUGAUGCUCUAAAACUGCCAACAGUUGGUCCCUGGCGCGCGUGGUAUGAUGAUGGACAGGUCGGAGGAUGGACACAAGAAUACAAAGGGCUGACAUUUGUUACUGUAAGAGGUGCUGGCCAUGAAGUCGCUCUGCAUAGACCGAAACAAGCUCUCACUCUUGUCAAGUCAUUCUUAGCAGGAGCAUCAAUGCCUAGCGGCGAACAAAUUAGUGACUCUUAGUUCUGUCUUUUCUUUUUCUAAGCUGAUGCUUGUUUAUCUUGAGCUGGAGAAAGCUAUAUUUAGAUGAGCAAAAACAAUUGUUACAUCAACUGCAGCUACCUGCUCGAUAUUUAUUAAAAACUCACUCGUUGCCAUGCUUUCUGAGUUGUAAGAGUUUAUCAAGAUUUAUCUAAUGCAAGCAUGAGCUUACCUUCCUUUUAUUUCA